AUGACGAACCAGAAUGUGGUGGUGGCCGACGGCAUCAACGUGGCCAUAGCGGUGGCAGUCGGCGGCUCCUCCCUCUUCACGACGUCGGCCCAGAAGCCCCCGCCGGCGCCGGGCACAAACUACAUCACCAUCUCGAAGAAGAAGCUCCUCCAGAACCUGGACAUCGGCGGCGGCGGUGGAGCCGCCCGGAUCAACGCGUGGGUGGACGCCAUGAGAGCCUCCUCGCCGACGCACAUGAAGUCGUCGUCGGCCGUCUCCGACGAGAAUCAGAGUUCUUGGGAUAUGCAACAGCCAUCAGCACUAGACAUGUUUGAUGAAAUAGCAAAAGCUUCAAAGGGGAAGCAAAUAGUAAUGUUCCUUGAUUAUGAUGGCACCCUCUCUCCUAUAGUGGAUGACCCUGAUCGCGCUUUUAUGUCUCAGCCGAUGAGAGCAACUGUGAGGAAACUUGCUAGAUAUUUUCCCACUGCCAUAGUUAGCGGGAGAUGUAGAGACAAGGUGUACAAUUUUGUGCGUUUGGCAGAGCUAUAUUAUGCUGGGAGCCAUGGUAUGGAUAUAAAAGGCCCAUCAAAAGGUUUCAAGCACAACAAAGGUGCUCAAGCUGUUCUUUUCCAACCUGCUAGAGAUUUCCUUCCUAUAAUCGACGAGGUUUACAAAUCACUGUUGGAGGUGACAAAGGACACCCCAGGCGCUAGGGUGGAAAAUAACAAAUUUUGUCUCUCUGUGCACUUCCGUUGUGUUGAUGAGAAGAGAUGGAUCGAACUAGCUAAGAAAGUUGAAUCAGUAAUUCAAGGUUACCCAGACCUCCGAUUGACAGAAGGAAGAAAGGUGUUUGAAAUACGCCCCACCAUUAAGUGGGACAAAGGCAAGGCUCUUGAGUUUCUUUUGGAAUCACUUGGCUAUGCCAACUGCACCGAUGUUUUUCCGGUCUACAUUGGAGAUGAUCGAACGGACGAAGAUGCAUUCAAG